GCACUCGCCGCCCUACCUUUCCUCUCGGACGUCGAGCCUCACACCUUCCCGUCUCUCCCCACACUGCGACUUUUACCUCGCACACGACAUACCCUGCCACAAUGCCGUCCAAGAAGCGCUGCCAGUUCGAGUCCGAGACUCGUUGCAACCAGGCUGCACUCCGUCUCGUGGGCCAGUGCCCACACUGCCGUGCAGAGUUCUGCGGCACGCACCGUAUGCCAGAACACCACAACUGCCAGAACUUGGAAAGCUGUCGGCAGCAAGCGUUCGAAAAGAACAAGGCAAAGCUCGAAAGCGAGCGCACGGUCGCAUCCAAGAUGGCUAUGGCGUGACCAGUCACCCCCUCUCGUCUCCAGCUUCUCGAUCCUCCCAUGCCCGGUCCCCUUCCCCAUCUACUUCCCACACGUUUCCCAUCUUCCCUUCCCUCAUAAUGCUGGGAGGCCGGUCAUUCGCCCUGCCAUUGCGGGCCUCACUUCAUCCUCGCUGCUUUCACGAUCUACCACGGACAUUAAUGCAUGAUCUUAUACCACAUCCCUACGUGCACCCUGCUCUCACUGCCAUUGAUCCUCCUUAGUUGCGUCUUUUGGUGUUCAUGGUGCGCAUUAACGUAUUCUCGCCCUACUGUACGGUACUACUAGAAUAACAUUUCUCUUACGUAU